GCGGAGCGCGUUGACGUCGUCCCCCGGUUGCCUUGACAGUACUCGCAGCCGUGGUCCAGUCUGUAAGGAAGCAAGUUUUAUUCGACUGCAUAGUCAAGGACACAGCCAGGGCUUUCAGAUUCGACACACCCGCUUUGGAGCACUAAGAUUUGAUAGAACGAACCGACUUUAUCACGAAUGACCCCAGUCGAGCCACAUGGAGCAACUUGGGAGGAUACGCGACGGACAGGCGAUCUGCUGCACACUUGGUCGGCCGCGUGAAAUCAUCGCGACCGUCCGACUCGAGCCGUCGCCUCUCGGUCACCUCCAUUAGCGCAUGCAUCGAGCCUGGAAGCGCGGGUGCCCGGUCUCGGGCUCCAGUACCUUCUUCCACCCCGGACGCGCGUGAAGGCCCAGGGGCUGCAGACGUGCAAGUGUGCGCGUGUAUGAACGCACGCAGCACUCCUGCUCUGCGUCGAUGCCUGCGGGAGGAGUCGUCGCUCACGUUGCACCAAAACGUUGGCCCACGAAUGCGUUUGAAACGGCUGCGUUAAAGUUAAGAAAGGCUGGACUUUAAAGAUCACCGUGCACUGUUUAUUUUUUUUUCUUUUUUGCGCUCCUGUUUUGAAUGAUGUGAUAUCCGCAGGAUUCUUGGCGCACAAUCCAGAUGUUUGAGUGCAUCUCUUGGUCCUAAGGUGGUUACCUCAGCGAUGGAUGGAGACUUGGAACAAAGGGCAGAUGUGGAAGAGGCCAAAACGGAGGAGGGGUCUGUAGAAACCACACCCUCCACAGAUCUGUCCUCAGAUGGGCAGCAUCAAGGUGGGACUGGCGCCAUGACAACAGACCUGCCCAAAGCUCUGGAGGAUAACGACGACGACGUGGUGUUAGUGGAGGGGCCUCCGGCUCCCUCUCAGGGGGGUGCGCCACUACAACCGGCUCCCUCUAGCACCUCGGCACCUGUCGAGGCCCCCCCUGCUGCCAAAACAACAGACUGCGUGGAGUCGGAUACCGCGGCAACCGUGCCCUGCAAGGCGCCCGCUCCACCCUCCUCCACAGCUGCUGCGGCAGCCGUAACCACGGCACCCAAAACCCAGAGCGAGCCCAUCGUGAUAGACGACGAGGAGGAUUCCGAGCAGAGAGCGUCUUCCCCCCCAUCCUCGUCCUCGCCGGUUCCCGGUCCGGAGAGGAGCGCUUUAAGCAGCACGGAGCCGGACUCGGAGAUAAAGAUCGCCAGCGUCACCACGCUGGGGGGGGCGUGCCCGUCCGAGGUGGCCCUGUCGACGGCCGUGGAACCGCGCGCCUCGGAGGGCAUGAGCCUCAAGAUCACGAGCGUGACCUCGCUAAAGGCAGACGGCGGGGCCGCCGCGCCUGGCCUGGGAGAGGAGGAGGCAAUGGAGAACAGUCUGCAGAUCAGCAGCGCGUUCAGCCUGAACCCGGAUGCCCAGCCCAACCAAGGACCAGCCGGCAGACCCUCACCGACGUUCAACCCCGGACGCGUCACCUCGACCGCACAACCGGUGCAGAACGGAGAGACGGGCACGCACCAGAGACCCGACUCCUGGAUCUCUCAGUCGGCGUCGUUCCCUCGCAACCAGAAGCAGCCGGGGGUGGACUCGCCGUCCCCGGCUGCUUCUCUCCCUAAACCGCCGGGCCAGUCGUCAUCCGGGUCGCAGCAGACGCCACCGGCGCCGCGGACCAUGAAGGUCACCUGCGCCAACUGCAAGAAGCCCUUAAAGAAAGGCCAGACGGCGUACCAGCGCAAGGGCUCUUCUCACCUCUUCUGCUCCACCACCUGCCUGUCGGCCUUCUCCCACAAGCCUGCGCCGAAAAAGAGCUGCACCAUGUGCAAAAAGGACAUCACUAGUAUGAAAGGCACGAUCGUGGCACAGGUGGACUCGAGCGAAUCCUUCCAAGAGUUCUGCAGCACCGGCUGUCUGGCUGCAUACGAAAAUAAACAGAAUCCGCCGAAGAACGUUCUCAAAACCAAGUGCACUGUCUGUGGAAAGCUCACAGAGAUUCGGCACGAGGUGAGCUUCAAGAACGUCACGCACAAGAUCUGCAGUGACGCCUGUUUUAACCGCUACCGCAUGGCCAACGGGCUGAUCAUGAACUGCUGUGAGCAGUGUGGCAACUACCUGCCCAGCCGGGCCACCGCAAACCACUUCAUACUCGUCGACGGCCAGCAGAAACGCUUCUGCUGUCAGAACUGCGUCCGUGACUACAAGCAGUUGUGCCUGAGUUCACCUGACGUUUACCUGAAUGAGUUUCGUUUGUUUAUGUGCUUCCUACCCGAGGCUCAUGGGAAAAUGACCCAGUGCAGCGGUUGCAAGACGAUGUGCAGAUCGUUCGAGGUCACUCACGGCAUCGGGCCGAGCGGAACCAUGGAGCCUUACUGUUCUACGGGCUGCUUGAAUAAAACCAAAAUCGCAGCAGUUGCACAGACUGCUGAGCCAACCUGUCAUUUCUGUAAGAGAAAUUCUUUACCUCAGUAUCAGAGCACCCUACCCGAAGGGAAAGUCUUAAACUUCUGCAGCCCGCAGUGUGUGACAAAGUUCCAGAGUGCCACCACGCAGGUGUCUGCCAAUGGCCAGCUACCCUCGCCGGCGUCCGGCGUCCAGCUGAAGUGCAGCUACUGCAGAGGGACUUUCAGUCUGAAGCCCGAGACACUGGAAUGGGAGGAUAAGGUCUACCAGUUCUGCAGUAAAACGUGUUGUGAGGACUACAAGAAGCUGCACUGCAUCGUCACCUUCUGUGAGUACUGCCAGGAAGAGAAAACACUUCACGAGACCGUCAAGUUCUCGGGGGUGAAAAGACCCUUCUGCAGCGAAGGCUGCAAGCUGCUGUUCAAGCAAGACUUUGCGCGACGCCUCGGCCUCAAAUGCGUCACAUGCAACCACUGCACGCAGAUGUGCAAGAAGUCCAUCACCAAGCAGGUGGACGCCGUCAGCAGAGAUUUCUGCAGCGAGGCCUGUGCGAAGAAGUUUCACGACUGGUACUACAAGGCGGCGCGCUGCGACUGCUGUAAGCUGCAGGGGAACCUGACGGAGUCGGUGCAGUGGCGCGCUGAGAUGAAGCACUUUUGCGACCAGCAGUGUCUCCUACGCUUCUAUUGCCAACAGAACCAGCCAAACAUGAUCACGCAAAAGGGGCCUGAAAACACGUCUUUAGGAUUUGGAGGACAAACCCACGCGUCAAAGCUCACACUGAUCAAUCAGGGGCCCGUGUCCUACACUGGAGGAGGAGUCCUCAAGGACGUCAAGAACAAAGCCGUCCUGUGCAAGCCUCUGACCAUGACCAAGGCCACCUACUGCAAACCUCAUAUGCAGAGCAAACCCCUCCAGACAGAAGAGGACGGUUUGGAGGGCUUGGUGAAGGAGCUGGUGCCCGUCCCUAUCCCUGUCCCUGUCUAUGUCCCAGUACCCAUGCACCUUUAUGCUCAGGCCACACCCACACCUGUCGCAAUACCUGUACCGGUACCUGUACCUGUGUUCUUGCCCACGACGCUGCAGAGUGCCGAGCAGAUCGUAAAGACCAUCGACGAGCUCAAAGCCAAGAUCCCCACGGACCCCCUGGAGGCCGACCUGUUAGCCAUGGCGGAGAUGAUCGCAGAGGACGACAAGAAGCCGGACUGCUCGGAGGUCAAAUGUGCGAGGAACAGCGGAGGUGUGAAAAGGAAGCGGGUGAAGAGUGAGAUUGGCGGGAGCGGGUCGGAGGAAGACGAGGAGGAAGAAGAGGAGAAAGACGAGGAGAAAUACGAGCCAGAGCUGGACCUGGAGACCGACCUUCCUCCAGCCUCAGAGCCUGUUCCCGUCCUGGAGGGGCUCGAUGCAGAGAUGGGCUUCACGCUGCCCCCCGUCCUGGCCGACGAGAGGGAGGAGCCGCCCCGGCCCGUCACCCGGCGGAGGCGGGGCAACAAGAGGAAGACCCUGGAGGAGGAAUUGUCUCCGUGCCUGUCCUCGUCCGCGGACGCCUCCUUCCCCCUGGACACCAGGUACGGCCUCAACGCCUGGAGGAGAUGGGCGUUAUCGUCGCCGGCAGAGACCACAGACGUGGAAGAGGAAGACCUCAAACAAGUGACUCCAGCUCGGUUGAAAGGCGGCCUCCUCUCGCUCAGCUCGGCGGAGCUCAACCAGGCUCUGUGUCGGUUCGUGCAGCAGGUGCGUCGUCCCAGCGGCGAGCGCUAUGCCCCGGACAGCGUCCUCUACCUCUGCCUGAGCAUCCAGAAGUAUUUGCAGGACAAAGGCAGACCAGAUGACCUGUUCAACGACCCCUGUUACAGUAUGUUUGGAGAGGAGCUGAACAAGGUCCUGAAGGACUGGCAGCCCAGUGUUCUUCCUGACGGUUCUCUGUGGGGCCGGGUGGAGGAGUCGUGUCUGUGGAGCAGCGGUCAGCUGGGGGAACACUCCGCCUCUGUCCUGCUGCGCUCCCUCGUCUAUCUCAACACGAAGUACUUCGGCCUGCGCACGGUGGAGCAGCACCUGCGUCUCUCGUUUGCCAACGUGUACAGGCCCAGCUCGUCUAAGCCGCACAGCCACGACACCACCGUCUGUAUCUGUAUCCCCUCCAUCUCACAGGAUCAGCACGAACCUACAGGAAGCAAGAGGAGGCGUAAAGAGAGAGGCGACUCGAACUUCGAGCUGGAGGACAGUUGGAGAGGCUCCGCCCACUGCCCCGUCAGGAAGCACGAGUGUCGUCUGUAUGAGCUGUACCUGUCCAAGUGCCCCGAGUCCGUGAGGCAGAGGACUGACUUUUUCUACGUGACGUCUGAGCUCUCCUCCGAAGCAGAAGGGGCGCUGUGGUUCAGCUCGACUCCUCUAGAGAAGCGCGUCCUGGAGGGUGUCCUCACUCAGGUCCUCCUAGUGAAGGACAUCUACAGAGAGAGCUCCCCAGAGGAGGAGGGCGUGUAGGGACAGAAAGACCGAGGACUCCUGUACCACAGAAAGAGCCAUUAUAUAACGUCACUGUCCCUUUAACGCCGCCAGUCCCAGUCAGGCCACGGGCGAAGAGAAAUACCGUAUGUGAGGACGCGAGAGGUUUACAGCCCAGUGCCGACUCAACCAGUGGUUCCAGAAGCCAGGAGACAGGAGAGUGGUGCUUUUCGUGAGAAGUUACCCAGAGACUGCUGCUUUCUUCCCGUUUUGUUUGUCUGUUUUUGUCUGGGUUUCUUUUCUUUUUUUCUUUUUUUCUCCUCCCCUCCCACCCCUCCAUUUCUUAAGGAACUCGAGUGUAUGUGAUGUAGCAUUACUUACGAUGCCCAGGGCUGCUGUGCUCUGUACAUAUUUCUGAAAGUAGUGGGUUUAGCGAAAGAUGGAGUGUGUGUGUGCGUGACUAAAAGGAAAAAAAACAAAAAAGAUCUGAAAUACUAUAAAUAAACAGAAAGGAAACAAAACACCCUUAAAAUGAACUCAACAAUGCCUUCUUAAGAUAAAUAUUUAUUUAUUGCAGUUUGUGAUGUAUGUUUAAAGUCCUUUUUAUGACAGAACUGUGCGUGGGUGGGAGGGUGAGUUGUGUGCAUGCAUGUGCGCGCACUUGGUGAUUUGUGUGCGCGCGCGUGUGCUGUGAUGUUUCCCUCACUUUCUUUAAGAAGAGCAGAACCCUCUGCAGUCCUGGAUCACACGUCCGUGUGUCUUUCCCUGUCUACUAGUUUUGGCGCUGAGCUGUUGCUAAGCAGGCUUAAGAGGAAACUGGGUUUUUCCGUUGGUGGUUAAACUCUCUAGUUUGAUCCAGUUCCUUUGAAUAAUCAGGGUUUUUUUUGUUUUGUUUUUUAUUCUCCUGUGAUUUAGAUUUUCCCUCCUACCUUCACGUUUGGAUGCUUCUUUAUUACGUAUUAAAUAAACAAGCACUUAACAACGUGCAGUGUUUGUUCUACACUAAGGUUUUGUGAAUGGUAGAGCACGUAAAAUGGGUUCUGGACCUUUGCAGGAUUUGAAAAUAUAUUUUUAAAGAACUUUUGUGGCUGCAAAUGAUGGUUAGACUUUUGUUUAAUGAAAAUUCUACUCUGAGAUGUGAGGUAGGAGUAUUAUUAUUUAAAUCCUGAAAAUGGUUUCCGUUGGUCUUUUUAUUGGAAGUUUUAUUUAUGUCUUUUUGUACCAUUGAAUUAAAAGCGACUUUUUCUCCAUCAUGUAAAACCCA